GAAGUGAACAGCACCCAGCUGAGAGACACUAGCUACACAGCAGAUCGAUGAGCUGCAGUGCGGAUGCUGCUGCGGCGCGCUUAUAUAAAAGGACGGCGUGAGGUGGCGGGGCCUUUUCGCGGUGGUUAGAAUAUAUAUAUAGCUGCGCGACGGCGGGGCACUUUCCCGUUCCCGGCCGGAGGAAAGGAAGACGCCUGCCGGACGGAAGAUGGCGCACUACCAUGCGAGUGCCGCCACCCGGGGCAGCAUGGAGAUCGUCCCCUACAGCGGCGAGCUGGACGUGGAGCUGCCGCCGGUGGACGUCAAGCGCCAGGACUCGCUCUACCGCGACGCCACCAUGCCAGCCCAUGCCGGACACCACGGACAGGAGAGCUGGGUUCGGACGCUACGGCUGGCAUUCCAGUGCGUGGGGAUCCUGUACGCCGACCUCGGCACGUCGCCGCUGUACGUGUACGCCAACACCUUCAAGAACGGGGUCGGCCACCCGGACGACGUCCUCGGCGUCCUCUCCAUCAUCAUCUACAGCUUCAUCCUCUUCACCAUGAUCAAGAUCGUCUUCAUCGCCCUCUACGCCAACGACGACGGCGACGGUGGCACGUUUGCGCUCUACUCGUUGAUCUCCCGGUACGCCAAGGUGUGCCUCAUCCCGAACCAGCAGGCCGAGGAUGAGCUCGUGUCAAGGUACAGGCAUCGCGCCAAGCCGUCGGCGACGCUGAGGAGAGCUCAGUGGAUGAAGAACCUGCUGGAGACGAGCAAGGCGGCAAAGAUCUCCCUCUUCUUCCUCACCAUCCUUGCGACAGCGCUGGCCAUCAGCGACUGCAUGCUAACUCCUCCGAUAUCCGUACUUGCAGCUGUCAACGGCCUGAAGUUGAGAGCACCUCAUCUGACAACAGAUCAAACGGUAUGGAUCACAGUGGGGAUUCUGGUGGUUUUCUUCUCGGUCCAGCGCUUUGGGACCGACAAAAUUGGUUACACAUUUGCACCGGUGGUUUUCGUGUGGCUGCUCCUUAUGGCAGCUAUUGGGAUCUAUAACAUGGUCAAGUAUGACAUUGGCACCUUGAAGGCUUUCAACGCAAAAUAUAUCAUCGACUAUUUCCGAAGGAACAAAAAGAAAGGAUGGGUCUCGUUGGGUGAAAUUCUCCUUUGCUUCACAGGCACAGAAGCUCUUUUUGCUGAUCUGGGAUACUUCAGCAUCAGAUCGAUCCAGCUGAGCUUCACCUUUGGCUUAUUACCUUCGGUGUUGCUAACAUAUAUUGGGCAAGCGGCAUAUCUGAGGAAACACACGGACAUGGCUGACAUAUCUAAUGUUUUCUUCAAUUCGAUCCCAAGCUCUUUGUUUUGGCCAACUUUUGUCCUAGCUCUGAUUGCAUCAGUCAUUGGAAGCCAAGCUAUGAUCUCGUGUGCCUUUGCAACCAUGUCUCAUUUACAAGCACUCAAUUGUUUUCCAAGGGUCAAGAUACUACAUACAUCAAGGCGUUAUUCAGGCCAGCUGUACAUCCCUGAAGUGAACAUCUUCCUUUGUAUUUCUGCUUGUGUUGUAACCAUAGGCUUCCGGACAACUGGUUUCAUAGCGAAAGCACAUGAAAUUUGUGUGGUCCUUGUGAUGGUCAUCACAACCCUAUUGAUGACAAUAGUGAUGCUCCUUGUGUGGAAGGUAAACAUUUGGUGGAUCGCCAUCUUCUUCAUUGUCUACAUAUCAACAGAGUCCAUCUACACAGCUGCAGUUCUAUAUAAGUUCACCCAUGGACCUUAUGUGCCACUGGCUAUGUCAGCUGUUCUCAUGUUAAUCAUGAUUGUCUGGCACUAUGUUCAUGUCAAACGGUACAAAUAUGAGCUUGAGCAUACUGUGUCACGCGAUGAGGUGAAAGAUCUACUUGAACGUAGGGACCUAAAGAGGGUCCCAGGACUAGGGCUUUUCUACACUGAGUUGGUUCAAGGCAUACCACCCAUAUUCCCUCACCUCAUCGAGAAGAUUCCUACCAUUCACUCAGUGAUUGUCUUCAUCACGGUGAAGCGUUUGCCAAUUCCCCAUGUUGAUGUCUCGGAGCGCUUCCUCUUUCGACAAGUGGAGCCCAAAGAGUUCAUGGUGUUCCGUUGUGUGGCAAGAUAUGGGUACCGCGACAAGCUCGAGAUGGCCAACGAUUUUGUUAAAGUCCUAGUUGAGUACCUCCAAUACUAUGUCAGGGACUUGAACCUCUAUGGAGUUGGUGAUGAGCCAUUGAAGAUUAUCUUCCAUAGUGCUCGUGUUGACAGCUUUACUUGGGAGAGGAAGCCCUCAGGACAUGUCAUCUAUGCUGAGGAGAUGCUUACACCAGCCCAAUCCUUCUCGGAGCUCACAAUGCAUCCAGUAUCCAUGAGCAGUAGAUUGGCACAUUUCCAGACAGGGAAAAUGAACCUAGAGGAGAUGUUGAAGAUUGAGGAAGAUCAAAAGAUCAUCCAACGAGAGGUGGAUAAUGGUGUUGUUUAUAUAAUUGGGGAGACUGAAGUAGUAGCCAAGCCUCACUCGAACUUGUUAAAGAAGAUUAUUGUGAACUACAUCUACAGUUUCCUGAGGAAAAAUUCAAGGAAUGGAGAGAAGAUGCUAUCCAUUCCAAGAGGCCAACUACUCAAGGCUGGGAUAACAUAUGAGAUCUAGGUCUCACAUGAGUUUAUAUAUUAACAAGAAUGAUGUAUUUUCCUUGCAUGCAUGCUGUUAAAUAUAUAUUUAACAAUUCAAUAUGUCUAAUACGAUGGUGUGAUGAUGUGAGCCAACAUUUAAGCAGCAAA